AUGAGCACAAGGCGGUUGAAAACUCUCCUCUGGCAAUCAAUUUCCGCCAUAUCUCCGUCCCCUCUGAAGUCCAACCCAUUUUUCUCCACAAACCCAUCACAACCAUUCCCUUCUCCAUUCAAAUCCUCCCACCAAAGUCUAAAGCUUUGCUUUCCCAGAUUACUUUGCACUUCUUGGCAGGACAAUCUCGAUGGUCUGUUCGAUCCCAACUAUUUGUUCAAGCCGGAGAGUUCUGGAGUUGAGUCUAUUUCAGCAGAGGAAUUCGCCUCUCUGCCCGAUUCGGUGUUGGAUACCAGUGCUGGUGGUAAACAAAUUGGGUAUAGUCACACUGCUCCCGUGUACAACCCGUUGUUAGAGUUAUUGGAGUGUGGUAAUAAGAGGGUAGCGGAUCAUUUUCUGCAAUAAAUUAAGGGUGAUGAUAGAGAGGUGCUUAGG